AUGCUUGUCUCCGUCAUCUCCGUUUUGGCCGCGGCCACCGCUGUCGCCGCCCAGUCCUCGACUGUCAUUCCUGCUCCCGUAGUGACCGGUAACCCUAUGGGCGCUAAGUACGUCGGUACUCUUCCUCCCAAGGAAGGCAGCACCCUCACUGGUUCCAUCGGGGGUACUACCGGUGCGGAUGGCAAGGGCGUCAAGUUUUCCGUCUCCUUUGCUGGCCUCCCCGAGACUGGCGGUCCCUUCAUGUACCACCUCCACGCCAAGCCAGUCCCCGCUGAUGGUAACUGCACUGGUACUGGUGCUCACCUGGAUCCGUACAUGCGCGGCGAGGUCCCCAUUUGCGAUGCCACCAAGCCCGAGACAUGCCAGACUGGUGACUUGAGCGGCAAGUUCGGAAACAUCACUGAGCAGACUUUCUCGACCGAGUACACCGACUUGUACUCUGCUACUCUGCCUUCAGACCCUGCUUUCUUCGGCGCCUUGUCCUUCGUUGUUCACCUUAGCAACAAGACUCGUAUCGGCUGCGCCAACUUCACCAUGGUCUCAGCUGGCGACGGUUACGGCGCUGCGCCUGUAUCUUCCAGUGCGCCCGCAUCUUCAGGCUACGGCACUGCACCCGCGUCCUCAGGCUACGCUGCUCCUUCUGUGUCCUCAGACUAUGCUGCUCCUUCUUUGUCCUCAGGCCACGCCGCUCCACCCCUGUCUACAGGCUACCCUGUCAUGCCACCUACCAAUGCCACCUCUGGCUUCGCCCAGCUCUCAGGCAUGCCCCUCUAUAACACCACCACCGUCGCUACCUCGCCAACUGCCGGUCAGCCCAUUGCCCCCAGCUCAGCAUCCGCAUCAAGCCCACCUGAGUUCACCGCCGGCGCCGCCAAGGUCGCCGGUGGCGCUGGUGCUCUGCUCGCUGCCGCUGCCGCCGCACUCGUCUUGUAG